AUGGCUGCAAUUGUUGCUGAAAUUUUUGGUCGAGUCUUCAUUGAACUGGUAGGUGCAGUUAUUUCAAGUGCAAUACAAUCAAGUGUACGACAACGUGGUUCAAAUCAUUCCACUUCAUCUUCUCAAAAACAAGAUCGAUCAUUACCUCAGUUAUCAUCAUCAUCAAAUCAGAAUGGUCGUGCAGUACUUACUGCAUCGUGCAACAUUAUCUUUGGCAAUGACUGCGAACGUCUUGUUAAUAUUGCUUUUGAAACGAGUCAAACUUUCCCUACAUUGAUGGGUACAUAUGCUGAUGUUAUUCAAUAUCUACGUAAGGAACUAGCAAAACAACAUCCUGAUCAACAAUUUCAUAUAAUUAUUGGUCAAAAUGAGAAAUUUGGUUUUUCAGUUGAAGAAGAUGAAUAUUAUGCCGAAAUUGAACAAGAUCGAUAUCGUGUUUUGAUUUUCACAACAAAACAAAAUCCUCAGAUAAAAUCAGACAUUCACGAUGCUAAUAGUAAAAUGCAAUUUGUAUGGAAUUAA